AUGGAUGAUCGUUAUGAAGGUUUUAACGAUUAUGAUCAUGCAUAUGAUAUUCAGAAUGUUCUUGACGAUCAAGUUUUCCAAGAUGCUGUAGCUAAAUCAAGUUAUGGUAGACGACCGAGAAGUUCAAUGUCACGUUUGGGAAUUAUACCUGUUACAACACCUAUCAUCCGUGUUAAAAGCUUAGUAACAAAUCAUAGAUCCGGUACUGAUACGAUGAGUGGUGGUGGUGUUAUGUUACGAUCAUCUAUUGGUUCACGACAUGGAAUUGAACCAAGCGUACCGAUGACCGCCGUACGAGGUGCUGGCUAUUCAUCAGCCGGUCGUGGGAUUUCUUUCAAUCCAUUAAAGAUGAGCAUGACAGAAAAACCACCCGAGAAAAGUAAUGAAGAAAAAUGUCGUCAAAUGGAGCAAAAAGUAAAUGAGCUCUUGAAAGAAGUAUUUUUGCAUGGGAAAAAGGCGACAUGA